UUCUCGCCGAUCCCGCCUACGUGGUAACGUAUCGGUCCUGUCUCUCGUCUUGCGGUUCAUGUGGCAGUCGUCGCUGGCUUUGCUUCUGGCUUCUGGCUCUAGCUCGUGGCUCCUGGCUCGUGGCUCCUGGCUCGCAGAAGGAAUGCCCUCGGGGAGCCCGCGAUGCUUUCGGCAACCUCUCUGCGACAUGUCACGGACGGCUUCGCCCCUCGGAUUCUUCAGCCAGACACUGCGUCCCCCUGGCUUGGUUGGGCUGGUCUUGGUCUCGGGACAAAGCCCUCUCUUUCCAUCAUUGGGACGACACCUUCAGCACCCUCAGCCAGCGAGCGAGCGAGUCUUUCGAGCAACCCCCUUGCAGGAACACCCGGCGUAGCACACCGCUAACCUGACCUGCGUUUCCUGUCCAUCUCCAGCCCCCCAUCUACUCUGCCCUCC